CUCUUCUUGACAUUAAAGGCAAAAUACACAUUUCAGUCGAACACAGCAGAGUUGGUGAAACGGGACGGUGGUGAAACAUGGAGAUGUCUGAGGGGCUGUCACAGCAGGAGAGACUCCAGGCUAUAGCGGAGAAGAGGAAGAGACAGACAGAGAUUGAGAAUAAGAAGAGGCAGCUGGAAGAUGACAGGAGACAGCUCUCUCACCUCAAGCAAAAGUCCCUGAGGGAAAGAUGGCUGCUGGAUGGAGCUGCUGGCUCGGAGCAGGACGAGGCCAAGAAACAGCUUGCGGAGGACGAGGCCAAGCUCAAGGGGAUGGAGGAGAACAUCAUUAGAAUGGAGCAGGAACUGGAGGUGCUGGAGACGGGCGUGUCGGCGACCUCUACCAAAGAGAGCCUGACAGACGCAGCAACGAAGGAGGAAGCCAAGACAGCAGACAACAAAGUUCCGGCAGGCACUGUGCAAGUGGUACACGAGGUGAACGGGGAGAACGGGGUCCACCAGCUCAGCGCCAAUGAGGUGGACGAGCUCAUCCACAAAGCCGACGAGUCCAUGAUGAGCGACGCCACCACCGCUGGCGCCACCUCCACUGCCCCCGUCGUCCCCACCGAUGCUGAGUUAGCCGCGGAGCAGCAGAUGACACCACAGAAGGAGAUCACUGGCAUGGAGGCCAAGGCGGGCGGCGCCAGUCCCCAGCCAGGUGGAGGCGAGGUGGAGGCCAGUGCUGAGAACCCCGUCACCAUGGUGUUCAUGGGCUACCAAAGCGUGGAGGAUGAGGCGGAAACCAACAAGGUGCUGGGCCUGGAGGGCACCGUCAAGGCCCAGCUGGUGGUCAUCGAGGAUGGCGAGGGCAAGAAUGUGACGGUGGGGCCCAACCCCGCCACUGUUACCGUCACCGAGGGAGGCACCAAGGAAGAGCAGUCGCCCCCGCCCAACGGCAACGCCGCCGACCCCGUUAAGACCCCCCAGGAGAAGGCCCCCGUGGGGGAGAAGGGGGGCGAGCCAGAGGGGGGCGCCACUGAGCUCAACAAUAAGGAAAAGCAGCCCUGCAAGUGCUGCACCAUCAUGUGAGCCACAGUUGUGUGGCUGCAUUCCCCCCGGGACUUGACUUUUCAAGGAGAAAUGACAAACCAACAACAACCAUAACGUGAAGAAAACCAACAAAAACUCACCCCUUUCCCGUUAGCCCCCCUCCCGACAAAAAAAGGCAUAAAUGUUCUGUAUCUUUUGAUAGCCGGCUGUUGUUUCCCAACUUCAUUUUCAUCUCUGUUUUAUAUAUUUCAUUUCAUUUUUCUCCUUUCAUUCUUUUAACUUUUGUAUUAUUUUGGGUUUUGACUAAAAUGGAUGGUGCCAAAGGCGAGCCAUCCCUGCGUUUUCACACUUUGAGGUUUCUGAGGGAGAGAGGAGAUAGAAAAGGAAAGAUAGAGGGAGAGAAAGACAGAGGAACUGGUUCGUUCACACGUUCACACACCCACAAGCUUUUUUUUAUGACAUCUCUAAUACACCGUCAUGAGUUUUGUAAUCUUAACUUUCUGUAUGAAGGACAUAUAUAUCUCUCUAUAUAUCUAUAUAUAUAUAAAUUCUUUAUUUUAAAGAUAUAUUUAUUUGACUUUUUUAUUUUUUGAAAAAGCCCUGACAGAAGAAGCAUGUUAUACAUUGUGCUUUCUGUCCUCUGCUAGUGCAUUUUAGAUAAAAACAUGGGGAAAUAUUUAUGACUGAUAAAGCUGUUAGAGAAUUCUCUUGGAUUUUUUUUUCCAGAAAGAAAAAAAAAGAAAAGUGACUUUGGAAUUUCUGAGACAGACACAAACCACACUGCUAUUUGGAAGUGACAUGCAAUGAGACGUGAUAUUGAUGACAUCAUUGUACUGUGUGUAUGGAUAUCCGCGCGUGUGUGUAUGAGCAUGCAUGGAUGUGUGUUUGAAUGUGUGUGUGUUGGAUUACAAUGGCCUCAUUGGUCCUUAUAUCAUCCUACACUACACUACCCACAAUCCCCAUCACCUCUUUUCUUUCUGGAAGAAAAAACAAUACUAGCUUAUUUUUUUGUCAUUUUCCUGCGCCCAAAUCAACUACACUAGUUCGACAACACUAGUAAUGAAUUGAAUAACAUGCGUGAAGGUCUUUCAUACCGAAGCUUGAGACUGAUGAAAUGAAUGCCCCUGUGUAAGCCUUGACGUUUGUGUGGUUCACCCACACUUAACUACAUUACCCAGAAUACAACUACCCCUUUAAAAUAAAUCAUGUUGCUUACUGCUGCCUUUGGUGAUAACAGUAUUAACUAUUUUUCAUUUAACUCAAUGACAUAAUCCAAGCUCUGGCUCCUGAUGUGAUGACCUACCAACAACUGUGUUUUGAUAUGAUGGUCGGCCUGGACAGGCCCUUCCAACGUCCCAAAGAUUUUCAGCUGGAUAUCAACUACUGUGGAAUUGGUGCAUAGAGCAUAGUCUGUUGUUUUCAACCUUGGCACAGCAGUGCAUAUACUAAACUGUGUUGCAAAUACUGUAAGAAGUUGCUCCAUUCAGACUUUUAGGAUGAGUGCCAUUUGGAGGGGGUUGGGGGUCAUAUUGUAUGUCGCCCUCAAGAGUUGGUGUGGGAAGAGCUUCACUUUAAGAGUAUUUGGUUUCCUGUUAUAACUCUACUGUUAGGCCCUGGUUUUGUUGUCAUUUACGGGAAACAAAACCAAACAAAAGUUGAAGUAGGCCUACUUUUCAUUCAGUUUAUCUAUCUAUCAACAUGCUAGACCUGAGGCAAAAAGCAUGGAAUUUCAACAUUUUUACAGUCCGAGAAGUUGACAGAAUCCUUUUCCACAGGGAGCGGCAAAUUUCGCUCCAAAUUCAAUGUUGCAAUAAUUGUUUUAUUUUCCUCACAGAUCAUUUUUUUUGCGGUGUAGCUAAAAUUGAACAGCUGUAUUUUACUUUUGUGUGCAUUUUUGCUGCGUUAUGAGUGCCUGUAGCUAUAGAAUAUCAUACUUCUUACUUAUUUUUGCCAUCUUGGAGCCAAAUUUCCAGCUGAGCUGAGGGUCAUGUUAUGAUUGUCCAGUGUAUUUUUCCAGUGGUGAGUUGAAUUGGUCAAGCUAGGAGCCAGAUCUUUUCAACCGACGCACUGACACGAUCAUAUGUAAACGUGGUCCAUGUACUAUUCGCAUGCGGAAUAAAACAAACAUUUUGUUUUCAAAGAUGGCUAAAUAGUGGAUGGUCUGCGUUAUCUUGAAGUGAGUCAAAGAUGUGAGCACUCUCCAGCAAGAGGUUGACCGACCUUGCGUAAUGUUUGCCUAAUCCUCGUUUAAUAUUGUUCCAUGUGCAUUUGUACCUAUCCAUUGAUAUUUAUAGAGCUCUAUAGGUUAUUUUAACGGUGCAUGUCAUUGGGCUCCCGAGUGGCGCAGCGGUUAAAGGCACUGCAUCUCUGUGCAAGAGG